AUGACGGAUGGCGAACCGGAAGCUCCGCCUCAGCUGCUGAAUGAAGCUUUGGUGGCCUUGGCGGAUCAGUGCAAAGUCCCACCAGAUUACCAUGGGAUUCUUGCAGGGUUUGAUGUGAGUCUUUUCGGCUGCAUUGCGGCUGAUUCCUCAGCUUUGGAUGAGGCGCUCAAGGAUCUUCUGGAGGGCGCUGUGGAGCCUCCUUCUACGGCUCAGUUGCUAGCCUAUGUGGCUAAGGUCGUUCAAAAAGGAGAGCUGCGGUGGAUCCCGUGGAAACUCAGGAUGAGUCAGGCCCAACAAGACUCCCUGGCCUUGAGGCGCCCAGCUAAGGUGCCGCGGUUAGAAGAGCUGAUAUACGACGACGUGCCCCAGCGUGACAUACCGGCUGGAGCAGUUGGCGCGAACUAUCUCUCGGGCAUCUUGGGCUUGGUUUCAGUGGCCGUAGCGAUGCUUCAGGGCGCGCACCUGGCGAGCCUUCGCAAGUUUGAACGCAAGUUUAUCAAACUGGCGACCCAGAAAUGCGAGGCAGGCAUUCGCAAUCCUUUCGCUGAGGAAAUCAUGCAAGCAGAUCGUCAGCUAUGGUGCCAGAUGGCCGAUCUGGUCAAUCUUCAUGGCUGGUCCUUGGAUGACGCUCUGACAGAGUACACGGAGAUCAGAGGGGAUAUGGCUUCGUUGCUGCAGUCCCGGGUGGCGGUCCCCAAGCGGUUUGAUAUCCCACCUGGUCUUCGAAAGCUUCCUGGGGGCAAAGGCAAGCAGAAGGGAGGUGGCAAGGGUCGGGGCGCGAAUGGUGGUCAGACUGGUCAAUCUGGUGCUAAAUGGAUCACGAAGUUUGAGGACAAAGGCAAGACUCGUCUCCUGUGCCGGGACUACUCUUCGGCAAAGGGCUGCUCCUUCACGGAUUGCAAAUUUGAGCAUUUGUGUCCUGUACCGCGCCCGGACGGCAGACCCUGCUUGGGCAAGCACCCGGCGCAUCAGCAUAAGGCUAUGCCUCACUGA